UUACCGACAGUUUCUGCUCAACCCGGUUGUCAAGGAGGACGUCGAGAAGCGCUGCCGAAAAGUGAAUGGCACGACGCCCCACAAAAUGAGCGUCCUGGUACUCGGCUUGGACUCAGCCUCGUACCUUAAUGUGGAAAGGCAUCUGCCCGAUACUGUGCAGUUUGUCCGUCAGACGCUGCGUGCUUUCGAACUGCACGGAUACAACAAGCUUGAUGACAACUCCUACCCGAACAUACAUGCUUUCCUCACGGGCCUCAAUUUCGACGAGGCGUUGGAGUACCGUGCACAAGGAUUCUACGACAACCUUACUUCGCGCUUAAUCUGGCAACAAUAUCGCGAACGUGGUUACCGAACAAUGUUCCUCGAGGACUGGUCGUGGUACGGUAUCUUCUAUCGUUUCGAGAAAGGAUUCCGGCGCCCUCCGGUCGAUUAAUAUUUGCGACACGUCAUCAUGACCAUGGAGGCAUCUUCCAAGUAUAUUACGAAAGAUCGGACGAAGGCCCGCUGUUUGGGACCCACGAUGGUGUUCGAGGAAGUGUUGGACUACGUGGCUCGCUUCGCAGCCUUGAUGGGCGAGCGGCCUUUCUUCACCUACGCAUGGAUAAACGAAGUCACGCACAAUGACGUGAACAGCGCCGGGUACGCUGACAAAUUCUUCCGGCGGCACCUCGAAUCGCUGCGUUCUUCCGGUGUGCUCAACCACACGCUUCUCCUUUUCUACAGCGACCACGGCAUGCGGUUUGGUGACUCGCGUGCCUCGUAUAUUGGAAAGUUCGAGGACCGCCAACCGUUCGCCUUCGUGGUGUUCCCGCAGUGGUUCCUCGAGCAGAAUCCAGAAGCGUCACGCAGUCUUCGCGUCAACCAGUUCCGCCUGACGACUCCCUUUGACCUACACGCAACGCUCGUUGAGCUGCUGCACUACCCGAACGUCGACCGUCCGCAGACUAAGUACGGCCGCAGCUUGCUGCACAAAAUACCGGAGGCGAGGACGUGCGCUGAAGUGCACAUCGGGCCCCACUGGUGCGUCUGCAAUGUACGCGGCGAAUUCGCCGUUACCGAUAUGCUUGUCAGGUCAAUGGCCGACCAGCUUGUUUCUCGGAUCAACUUAUUGGUAGCCAGGAAAACGCGUAAGUGCGCUCAGUACAAACUUGUCCGUGUUGUGGACGUGACGGCGCUUCAGGUAACGCCGACAGAGCGGGCACAUAACUCCAGUCACUAUUGGGUCGCCGUACAGGUGUCGCCGGGCAACAACACAUUUGAGGGCACAGUAUCCUUAAGUGGUGCCAACUUGACUGCGCUGGACGAUAUCAGCCACAUCAAUUACGCCCUUAUAUGGGCUGGUGCGUAA